UUUUAGCUUGAUUCGCGGUGGCUUUCUCUGCCAGGCGCUUUCUCCGCGCACUGCAAAGCACCAGCACAAAACAAAAGGCACGAAAAUAGAACGGAAAAUUGGGAAAAGCAAGAAAAACGGAGAAAUAAAAGACGGAAGUGGCGAGCGCGCAUUGCAUAAAUAUUAGUUGGCGUGGGGGGGGUGGCGCAGCCGACAAAACAUUGACUUUCCACCGCUUUUCCGCGCAUUUUCCUCUCGCCGAUUGAAUAACCCCGUGCAGUUGUCAACCGAAACUGGCCGCAAAAUGUUGCCACUUUCUCGCCACGCACUGCGGCGCACUCGAAUUUUCGCAAUUAGCCGCUUUUUUGCAGAUUCACGUCAAGACAGCGACAACCCGGCCAAGAAGUACUCCGGACUAACGAGGAUGGACAACAAGAGCGAGAAGGUUACGGUCAACAAGGAGGAGCUGCGCAAGCGCCUGACCCCGAUGCAGUAUCAGGUUACCCAGGAGGCGGGCACCGAGCGUCCCUUCACAGGUUGCUACAACAAGCACUACGAGAAGGGCGUGUACCAGUGCAUCGUGUGCCACCAGGAUCUGUUCAGCUCGGACACCAAGUACGACUCGGGAUGCGGCUGGCCGGCCUUCAACGACGUCCUCGACAAGGGCAAGGUCACCCUGCACCGCGACGCCAGCAUACCAGGCAUGGUGCGCACCGAGGUGCGCUGCUCCCGCUGCUCCGCCCACAUGGGCCACGUCUUCGACGAUGGACCGCCGCCCAAGCACCGCCGCUUCUGCAUCAACUCCGCGUCCAUCGAUUUUGUGAAGAGUGCGGCGCCCUCGAAGGCCGAUCCCCCGACGGCCUCCAAGAAAUAAUGAACGAUCUGCGAGGAAUAUUACAUCCGGAGGAGUCCCCCCACAUAUAUAUAAAGACCUGGAGAAUCUCUAUAGCCCUCUGAAAGAGCUUCAUGCCUCACAAAAAGAUAUUUAGCUAUUUUAUAUAGGAGUUUAUUAUGCAAAAAUGUUUAACAAAAACACAAAGCUUGUACACGAGAACGAUGUUUGGAAAUGUAUUACCGGAACGAGGAGUGAGAGAUCAGUGUUGUAGAUCCAGGAUCCCAUUUUUCUAUCCUUACUUUCACCUUCUCAGCCACUCUAUUUCGGUUUCAAUCUUUUGGAUGGUGGAAAAUCUAGGAAUUUUAUACAAUUUUAGAGGGGAAUCUUUAUUUCCUUGCCCUGGUUUCGCUUUUUUUUAUUUUACUAUCAUACUUCUAACUCUACUUCCCCGAAAAAAACUCUUUCCUUUUCCUUUCCUUCGUAAUCUUAGGAACUUAUUGUAACUUAACAUAUUUGGUAGGAGUUUACUUGUUAAAAAGAAAUUAUGUUUGCGCAAGACUAGAAAUAAAGUAUUAAGGAUCAGUCUAGGGUUUCCUUACUUUAUAAUAUGGUUUAUCUGUUUUUCGGUUUUGAACCAUUUUCACCGCUCUUUUGGUUUAAGAUCAUAUGAGCUUUUCACACUCCCAUUUCGAUUUCCAUCAUUUUCCAAGGUCGGGUUGGCCUUAUUUUUGGGCCAGGGCCAUUAUGUGUAUGUCUGUUUGUGUGUAGUGCUUUAUUUUUAAAUAUUUCCGCAUAUGUAUUUUAUUUGCCGGUGUUGUGAUUUGGUUAUUAUGAUUUCGUUUUUACUUUUAAGUUUUUGCUUCUUACUCAUGGCCAAUGAUUUUUUGGAAUAACAUAACCCCGAAUACCGUAACACUAACAUUAUAUCCAUAGACUUUUUAGAGUGUCUCAAGCAAACCGAAUAAUGUGUAUUUUCGUAUAUUUUCUAUUUCUCUUUUUUUAACUCGCUUCCAAAACCAAAAACCAAAAAAAAAACUAAAUGUACAACGCCUGUAAACGUUAUUUGGGGGUUUGUUUUGCUAACCGCAACAAAAACACGACACUUACCAACUCAUUGCUGAAAUUGUAACACUCGAAAACACAAAACACCGAAUGCUUAAUUAACCAAAAAAUAUGUACGCCAAAUCACUCGGAAAAACAUUUAUAUUCUCCCAUAUUUUCAUUAAUUUUCACCCAUUUUAUGUGACUGUUCAUUUCUGCAUAUUUAUCCACUGCCGCCGUCCACUGUUAUUUAUCGCUCUCUCUGCUGCACCUCCUCCUUCGCCCUGCUCUUCGCCUCUCUCUGAUUUGCACUACCAUCAAUUUGCCGUUAUUUCUUCGAUCUGUCUUUGUUCUCUCUCUCUCUCUGCUUUUCAUUUAUCACCCAUUUCGCAAUCAAUUUUCUAUUUCCGUUGAUCUUUGUUUACAACGAAAACUUUGAAUUAACCUUGCAAAACGAUCCGAAAAAAUGCAACAAAUAUUGUAAAACAAAUGCGCUGCAAACGAUGAAAAAAAAACAA